CUUUCCACGAAGCAUGGGCGCCGAGCAGCAGCUGCUCGCACUCGCAGAGUCCCGCACUCCUCUUCCUCCUCGUCUCGUGCUUCGCAUUGCAAACAAGACGACCACCACCGGGCCAACCAAUCGAAAACCCAACUCCCAGAUCAUUCACCAUCAGCAGCGCCUCCUCAGCGGGAGACGACACGGAGACGUCACGUCGCCUCCCCCGCAUGGCCUGGGCGCGCCUCGCCUCCCGCUGCCGUCUCCGCCCGGCCGCCGCCUCCGCCGUCGGCCGAGGCCCACGCGCCUCGCCGCCUGCUCCGCCUCCGCCACCGCAGGCGGGACCCACGUCCCCCGCCGCGCCGCCGCUCCGGCGGGUCCUCCGUCUCCCCCAACCCCACUCCGCCGCCGCCGCGUCCUCGGCGUCGCACGCGCGGCUGCUCGGCGACGUAAGUCCGCGAGCCCCCUGCCCCACCUCCUCGGCACUCGCUGCGGUUUUGAUUUUGGACUUGGGGCUCUGGAGCAUGUGCAGCGGUGGCAGCGCCUGGGGGGCGCGAGGAGGUGGCUCGCCAGCGACGCCUCCGCGGCGCCGGCGCCGGCCGGGGAGGCGGCUGAACUGGUGGAGGUGCCCCUGGCGCAGACUGGGGAAGGCAUCGCCGAGUGCGAGCUGCUGCGCUGGUUCGUCGCCGAGGGUGACCAAGUAGAUGAAUUCCAGCCACUCUGUGAAGUACAGAGUGACAAAGCAACUAUCGAGAUAACAAGUCGUUUCAAAGGAAAAGUACAUCAGAUUCACUUUGGACCUGGUGACAUAGUGAAGGUUGGUGAAACUUUACUGAAAAUGAUUGUGGGUGACAGCCAAAUUGUACCACCAGAUAAUAUAUUUCCAUCCGCUGAUAAGUCACAUGGAGUAGAGUCUGCAGUUCCUUCAAAUGAAGGCAAUAUUCCUACUGGAACACUCUCUACACCAGCUGUUAGGCAUCUAGCGAAGCAGUAUGGGCUCAACAUAAAUGAAAUCGUUGGAACAGGGAAAGAUGGUAGGGUUUUGAAAGAAGAUGUGUUGAACUAUGCUGUUAACAAGGGUCUUUGCAAAGAACAAUCAUCAUCUUUGGAAGAGAACAUUGAUCAAGUUGAGUUACUGGAGGAAAGGAAGUCAUUAUCCGACAUGCCUUUGUAUGAAGAUAAGAAAAUUCUUCUCAGGGGUUACCAGAGAGCAAUGGUCAAAUCAAUGAGCCUGGCUGCAAAAGUUCCACAUUUUCAUUAUCUGGAGGAAAUAAAUUGUGAUUCUCUUGUGCAACUGAAGACCAGAUUUCAAAAUGAGAACAAAGAUAACACUAUCAAGCACACUUUCCUUCCGUUCCUCAUAAAGUCACUUUCUAUGGCACUGAGUAAAUAUCCUAUGUUGAACAGCUCUUUCAUUGAGGAAACCAAUGAGGUAGUGUUGAAAGGAUCCCAUAACAUUGGGAUAGCAAUGGCUACAGCACAUGGUUUAGUCGUGCCAAACAUCAAGAAAGUGCAGUCACUAUCAAUAUUGGAGAUCACAAAGGAAUUGACACGGUUGCAUGAGAUGGCAUCACACAACAGGCUAAGCACUGCGGAUAUUGAAGGUGGCACCAUAACCCUUAGCAACAUAGGCGCCAUCGGUGGCAAGUUCGGCUCUCCACUUCUGAACCUGCCUGAAGUUGCCAUCAUUGCCCUGGGGCGCAUUCAGAAACUUCCUCGCUUUGAUGAUGGCGAAAACGUUUACCCUUCAUCCAUAAUCAACGUUACUGUUGGAGCCGAUCACCGAGUUGUUGAUGGGGCCAUGGUUGCAAGAUUCUGUAAUGAGUGGAAGGGCCUCGUGGAGAAGCCAGAGCUGCUCUUGCUGGGUAUGCGAUGAUCCAGUAAGAUACUUGAUGCGUGGGAUUUCCCAGAAUUUGUUAAAGAUGAGCCGAAAUGGAGGCAUUCCGGCAUCGGAACUUCACACCAUAAGCCUAUAGGCAGUCGCUCACGUAUGUAUACAAAUAAGACGUCGCCUGCAAAUAGUGGACUCGCAUCAUGUAUAUGACCGUACACCUUUGCAAUAAAGCGGGGGAUUUUUUUGUUUCAU